UGCCAGACUUAAGAGAAGAUGAUGAUCCUCCUUGCACUGCUGAGAAUCAACAAGUCAUUGAAAGACAGUGCAAUGUUCUAAAAUCAGACAAAUUCAAAGUAUGCCAUAGUCUAGUCAACCCUGACGACUUCAUAGAGAUCUGCAUCUAUGAUAUGUGCCAGUAUGAUGGUAUGAAGUCUGCUCUCUGCGACAUAGUUCAAGUCUAUGUGGACACCUGCAAGAAUUAUGGAAUCACCAUUAAAUGGAGAAAUAGCACAUUCUGCCCAUUGCCCUGUCCAUCCCGGACCCACUACACAGACUGUGUCUCAGCCUGCCCAUCAACAUGCAGUGACAUUUUUGCCUCUUCCCUUUGUGAGAAGACAGAAGAGUGCACAGAGGGCUGUGAAUGUGACGAUCACUAUGUGCUCAGCAAUGGCAACUGUGUGCCUCUCAGCAGCUGUGGCUGCAGGGAUGAUGACAACAAUUACUACAGCGCUGGGGAGACAUGGAUAACUCCACACUGCACCAAAAGAUGCCAGUGCCAGAAGAACGGUGUCAUCAGUUGUAAGAGCUAUAGCUGUGAUUCUAGAGAAACCUGCGUGGUCAAAGAUGGAAAACACAAGUGCAAUCCAACAGCUUUUGGAAGAUGCCAGGUCAUGGGUGACCCACACUACAUCACCUUUGAUGGGCUGGUGCACCACUUUCAAGGGAAAUACACGUAUAUUCUGGCUCAGACCAUCCCUGACCUACCUGACACUCUGACACAGUUCAGCAUUGAAGGCACCAACUAUCCUUUACGUGGAAGUCGACACAUUACUUACCUGAAAGAGAUGCUCAUCAAUGUUUACAACCACACAGUGAGAUUCAGGCAGAACAAGCAGGUUCUGCUAUGA